CAAUGCUCCGCGCAGGGAGCGCAAGCCUACCUCCGUUUGCCGGUAUUGCAGUGUUGCAGAGGGAAUAUUAAUUGAACGGAUUCUAUUUCUUUGCCCCGUGGGUAUCUUGCACAUUCUGAGAUAAAUAGCCUACACACUCCUAUGCCGGGAAAUAUAAGUUAUAUGUCUUUGUAAAUAAUUGUCGGCGUAAUGUGGUCCACUGAGGAACAGCAAUAGCCCAUGACUGAAAUGGUUUUUCAGGACGCGGAUCUUGGUGGAAACUAACUGCAAAAUUCCUCAAUUUUUUUAUUGGCAUCUUUGGCUCUGUGUGAUAUGUGUUUCAUGUGUUUACGCGCAACAGUGAGGUAGACUUCUCUUACAUUCCGUUUUGGAAACGGAUGCGAGGGAUCCGGACCUGGGUGAUUUAUUUGGUGGUGCGGGGGCAGGGACCCGUGUCUGAGCGCUGCAUGAGCAGCGAGUGACAGGGCAUGAUGUGUCAAUUUUUUCGGAAGUGGAAGUCCGUGCGGCGCGUUUGGAUUAUUUCUCCAGAGAUGCUCCUGCUGCCUAUGUUUUGGUUUUUAUCUCAGGCUCGAGCGGCACCCUCUCUGACGGCUGAGCAGAUGGACAUGGGGGUGGAUUGGCUGAGUAAGUAUGGGUACCUCCCGCCCCCUGACCCAGUGACUGGACAACUCCAGACCAAGGAAGCCCUGACCAAAGCCAUCAAAGCCAUGCAGAAGUUUGGAGGACUGGAGGAGACUGGGGUGCUAGACCAAGCUACCCUGGGCCUGAUGAAGACCCCGAGGUGUUCUCUCCCAGACCUGUCUGAGACGGAGGUGAUGGUGGGCCGCAGGAGACGAGCUCUGGUUGCCCAGAACAAGUGGAGCAAGAGACACCUCUCCUGGAGGAUACGUACCUUUCCUAAGGAGUCUCCUCUGUUGGGUCGAGAUACGGUACGGGCUCUCAUGUACUACGCUCUCAAGGUCUGGAGUGACAUCUCACCCCUCAACUUCCAUGAAGUGGCGGGCAACGACGCAGACAUCCAGAUCGACUUCACCAAGGCUGACCACAACGACGGGUACCCCUUUGACGGGCCGGGGGGCACUGUGGCGCACGCUUUCUUCCCCGGAGACAGGUUCACGGCAGGGGACACCCACUUUGAUGAUGAUGAGGCCUGGACCUUCAGAUCACCAGACUCUCACGGGAUGGAUUUGUUUGCGGUAGCAGUGCAUGAGUUUGGUCAUGCUAUUGGCCUGGCCCACACUUCAGCCAUAGAGUCUAUCAUGAGGCCAUACUACCAGGGUCCUGUGGGGGACCCACUCAAGUACAACCUCCCCUAUGAGGACAAGGUCCGCGUCUGGCAGCUCUACGGGGUGAGCGAUUCAGUGUCACAUACGGCCCAGCCAGAUGACCCCUCCCAGACCGCUGACCCACCGGUUCUACUGGACCUCCCUGAGAACAGAUCUACUGUCCCGCCAGCACGAGAUUCCCCUGACAGGUGCACCAGUCACUUUGAUGCAGUGGCCCAGAUUCGCGGGGAGGCCUUCUUUUUUAAAGGGAAGUAUUUCUGGCGUCUGACGCGGGAGAAGCACCUGGUGUCUCUGCGUCCGGCUCAGAUCCACAGGUUCUGGAGAGGCCUACCUACCAACCUGGACAGUGUGGAUGCUGUCUACGAGAGACCUGGGGACCAUAAGAUAGUCUUCUUCAAAGGACUAAAGUAUUGGAUAUUCAAGGACAACAACGUGGAGGAGGGUUAUCCUCGGCCAAUCAGUGACUUCGGCCUGCCCAUGGAGGGCGUGGACGCAGCCUUCGUGUGGCUCCACAACGACAAGACCUACUUCUUCAAGGACAGCCACUACUGGCGCUAUGACGACCAUCUACGGCGUAUGGAUCUGGGCUACCCCAAAGACAGCACACUGUGGAAGGGGGUCCCGCCCCAACUAGACGAUGCCAUGCGAUGGUCGGAUGAUUCCUCAUACUUCUUCAAGGGGAAGGAGUACUGGCGCGUGGUUGGCAGUGAUAUGGAGGUGGAGGCUGGGUACCCACGGCCCAUAGGAAAGGACUGGCUGGUGUGCACAGAGAUGCAGUCGGACUCCCCAGCCACAGAGGCCAAUAACACAGCUAACACGCGGCUACAUGGGCAGCACCACGCCGACCACGCCGAAAAUGGCUACGAGGUAUGCUCCUGCACUUCUGACUCUGCUUUACCCCUGGGAGCCCGGCCCUCGCCCUCCCCCCUCUGGCUGCUCACCCCUCUCUUGACUCUCUCAGUGGUAAAAUCCUACGUCCCUCUAUGAUGUAAGUAGAGGUGAGCAGCCUCACUCUAUGACAUAAAAUACAGCAGCCAAUCUGAUGAGAGUUGGGAAGUGGCUUAAGGGGUACUGUCAGACCAGCUUCACCGUCCGACAAAACGAUGACUGGAGGAAUUAGCUGUUAUUGUUAUUAUUAUCUUAAUUGGGAUCCUCGUUGUUAAUUUGUUUUUUUGUGUUUUGUUAUUUAUUAUAUUCAAUGGAUCAACAUGCUUUUAAACUAUUUAUGUUAAAAUUAUGAUAUUGGAUUGAAUUAGAAAUGUGAUAACAUGACAAAUGGAAAUAGUUUGUCAAUUUGAUUAUAGAUGAGUUCACAUCAAAAUAGUUCCUCUGUGACUAAGCAGUCUAGCAAGAGAGUGGUACUCUGGGAUGCCGCACGCCCUGUCCCCUUGUUCCUGAAAUCACUAUAAGUGCUUUAAGAACCCUCGCACAUACACAGACCACUCCAUGUGCGGUUUCUAUGGACUGAGCUAGCUGGGAAAUAAUGUUCCGUCUCUGCUCACUCUCUCAAAUGGUAAUGUCUGGUCUGGCCGGAUGGACACUACGCUCUCAUUGGACAGUUUGCUCUCUCACUGAGUUUUUAAUGUCAGGACUAUCUGGAUGGAAUGGACACUACUUCCUGUAAUGACUGACUGUCCUUCCUUGACUUUACUCACGUGCCCUUUUUUUGACCUUUGCACCUGUAUCUUUCUUUUUUUUCUCAGCUCAGUAACAGUAGCACCUCCUGCCAUUAUCAGAGAGGGUAACCUGUUAGUAUUGAUUAUUAGGACGUAUUUUUGUAAUAAACACAGAGGGAUUGUGGUUGAGCCCUACUCGGG